ACCUCAUUUUCAAUACGAGCUAUCCAGACAUUAUCCUAAUAGAUAUGUUUCGACUGAUUUCGAAUAUACCAUGUAUCUGCACACACCUCUAAUGUCAUGUAUAUCUAACUUGCUAAUUUUUUAUUUUAUUUUAUUAGUUUUAAUUGCAGUCUUUUUAAUCGGCUAUAUAAAUAGAACCUUUCCAUUUCCCGCCCUAACGAUCCCAAAAAUAUCUUCUCGCGUGAUUCGAUCUUCCUCCCCCCCUCCCCCUUCUCUCUCUCUCUCUCUCUCUCUCCAAUCUCUCUGGUUAUUUCAGUUGAGUUUAUGGCAGAAGAGGCCAAAGUGCGAGGCAAUGCAGCAUACGCAAAGCGCGACUACCGAGCCGCUAUCCGCCAUUACUCCGAUGCGAUCGCACUCGAUCCUGACAAUCACGUUCUCUACUCAAAUCGCUCCGCCGCGUACGCCGCCCUUGAGCAGUGGACCUCCGCCCUCUCUGACGCCAGGAAGACCCAUAGCCUGAAGCCGGAGUGGCCGAGGAGCCACCUCCGAGUAGGCAUCGCCGUCCUCGGUUUGGGCCGCUUCGACUACGCUGUGCAUGCCUUCAAGCAGGGCCUUGCGCUCGAUCCAGACGACGAGGCUCUGAAAUCCGGUUACGAGAAGGCCAAGGCGGAGGCCAGGAAGAAGACGGAGCCGCUAAAGCCGCAUUCGUACGGCGACACCUUCAACGCCGUCGAUAUGUGGGAGAAAUUGACCUCUGAUACUACCACCGGCGUCUUCGCUCAGCAGAACGACUUCAUCGAGAUGAUGCGCGACAUUCAGAAAGACUGGUUCUGCAUAAACCAGCACUCAAAGGAUCCAAGGCUCGUCCACGCGCUCGGCGUUCUACUAAACGUGAAUUUCCGAACCGUAGUUCCAGAGUUCGCCAGGGCGCCAGAAGAGCAAGGACCGGCAGAGUCCUCAAACCAGGAGGAAGAGAUGGAAGCGCCAGCGACAGAAGAGGAGGAAGUGGAAAGUGAAGAAGACGAGGAUGACGUGCUGGAUGCUGUGAUGGAGCAAUACUUCCCGGCAAUCGGCCUUGAGGACGGGGACGACAAAGCUAUUGUGCCCUCGGGAACGAAAGAGAAUGCAGAAAACCUUAGAGACUUAAAUCUUGAUGAAAUGAAAAAAGAGGACUCAGCCUCAGGAUCUAUGGCCAAAGAAUCAACCGGUGUGGAAACUGACCUAACUCUAAAAUCAAAUGUCUAUAAAGCUGCAUUAGAAUCAUUAAGGAAGUCACUUUCGGAAAGUCGAUAUCCUGAGUUGUUGGACGCAUUGCAUGAAGCUUCAAGACAAGCAAAGGAGUUGGAGCAAAUGCUCGUUGGAUAUUCAAACAUAUUAGAUGUUGAUCAUGCAGAGGAGCAGUUAUAUUUGCAGAUUUUGCUGUAUCAUUACAGAGAGAGGCUGACAAUCAACUCAAGGGAUACUGAAGCAUACAGCAACAGGGCCGCAUGCUAUAUGAAACUGAGGGAAUUCUCGGAGGCAAUGAAAGAUGCAGAGAAGUGUAUCGAACUCGAACCAAAGUCCUCCAUGGGGUAUAGGAGAAAAGGCGAUCUCCUGUUUCACAUGGAGGAAUAUAACUUAGCUACUGAGACUUACCUCCAAGGACUGCAUCAUGAUCCUUCAGAUUUGCAAUUGUCUGAUAGUUUGAUAAAGUGUGUGAAAAGACUUAAAGCGGCAGAUUCCAUGGAAGAAUCGGAAGAGAGUGAGGAUGAGGCAGUUCCCAAACCCAGUCCUGAUCCAAAGAAGGGCGCUGUAUCUGCUCCAGCGGAUGUGGAACAAGUAGAAUCCCCAGGGAGCUCUGAAGCACUCAAAGAGGCCGAUCUUGGUGAGGCUGAAACGAGAGUUGAUGACUAGAUGAAUGAACUGAGCAAUACCGAAGUUAAUGGAAAAAUGUAGCCCUUGAACUUCUGUGAUUACAGUAUUUUUGUAAUAUACAUUGAAAUAAUCUUCGUGGGAUUUGUUAGGCUACAGAAGUAAUGCAGCAGGUACUGGUCCCCGGGGUAGGAUUUUGUAACAUACAUCGACAUAAUCUUCGUGGAAGCUGUGUAAUUGGAAUAUAGACAUUGUUGUGACGAUUAAAGAAUGGUCUUAUGAC